AUGGGUCUUGUUCGAAAGGCUUCCCUCUCCAAGCCUCCCGGGGAGGCAGGAAAGUCAUGGCCAGGUAUUGUCAUUGGCUUCUUCGUGGCCUUUGGCGGUGUCCUGUUUGGCUAUGACACUGGCACCAUCAGCGGAAUCCUGGCCAUGGGAUACUGGCAGGACACGUUCAGCACCGGCUAUGUCAAUCCCAACGGCCACCUUGAUGUAACGACAAACCAGGAGUCGGCAAUCGUCUCCAUUCUCUCCGCCGGCACCUUUUUCGGCGCCCUGAUGUCGCCUUUCCUGGGCGACUACACCGGGCGUCGGAUCGGGCUCCUCAUCUCCUGCUGGGUCUUCAAUCUUGGCGUUGCGCUGCAGACGGCGGCGACGUCUAUUCCUCUCUUUCUCGCAGGUCGCUUCUUUGCCGGUUUGGGUGUCGGGUUGAUCUCGGCUUUGAUCCCGCUGUACCAGUCCGAGACGGCCCCCAAGUGGAUUCGCGGCGCCAUUGUCGGCGCCUACCAGUUUUCCAUUACCGUCGGAUUGCUUCUCGCGGCCAUUGUCAACAACGCCACCCAGAAGCGCGACGACUCGGGCAGUUACCGGAUCCCCAUCGCCGUGCAGUUUGCCUGGUCUCUGGUGCUCUUCUUUGGCAUGCUCGUCCUGCCCGAAACGCCCCGUUUUCUGGUUCGAUCCGGAAAGGAUGUCAAGGCUGCCAAAGCUCUCGGCACGCUACGCCGGCUGCCCGCGGACCACCCCGCCAUCCGCGACGAACUGAGCGAGAUCAAGGCCCAUCAUGAGCACGAAAUGAGUCUCGGGAAGCCCUCGUAUCUCCAAUGCUUCAAACCCCCCAUUCUCAAGCGGCAGCUCACCGGCAUGGGCUUGCAAGCGCUCCAGCAGCUGACUGGCAUCAACUUCAUCUUCUACUACGGCACCAAGUACUUUAGAAACUCGGGCGUCUCUUCUGGGUUCGUCAUCUCCAUGAUCACGUCGGCCAUCAACGUGUGCUCGACCCUGCCGGGCAUGUACAUGACGGACAAGUGGGGACGACGACCGUUGCUCCUCUUUGGAGCCAUUGGCAUGUGCGUGUCGCAGUUCAUCGUCGCCAUGGCCGGCACCUUUUCGUCUGGCCAAACCGCGGACGGCGCCGUGACCGUGACGAACCUGGCAGGUCAAAAGGCGGCCGUUGCUUUCUCCUGCAUCUACAUCUUCUUCUUUGCUUCCACGUGGGGUCCUCUGGCGUGGGUUGUGACGGGAGAAAUCUUCCCGCUCAAGGUACGCGCCAGAUCGCUGAGCAUGACGACGGCGACAAACUGGCUCCUCAACUGGGCCAUUGCCUACUCGACGCCGUAUCUGGUCAACUACGGCGACGGCUACGCAAAUCUGCAGUCCAAGAUCUUCUUCAUCUGGUUCGCAUGCUGCUUCCUUUGCAUCGCUUUCGUCUACUUUUACAUUUACGAAACCAAGGGCCUCACCCUCGAGGAGAUUGACCUCAUGUACACGGAGGUAUCGUCAGCCCGGAAGUCGAAGCAGUGGAAGCCCAACGACACUUGGGUCCACCGACAGAGUAUUGCGCAGCAGGGGGGUGCCGAAGGCGGCGAUGUCAAGGGCGAUGAGGCUGGUCACGGUGAUCAGAGUCCCGAUGCCUCUCAUUUGGAGAAGAGGGCGGCGGACGUUUGA